AUGCUCCUGUUCAUUGCGUUUGCCUUGUGGCUGGCAGUAGCUGCGGUGUAUGCGCCAGUCCCCACCCUCACAAGUCAUGAAGUCGAAUAUCUGCGAAGUUGGUGCGAUUUUCAGGUCCUCAACCUCGUCCGCCAGGGUCAACCCGUCCUUCUCCAAAAUGCCGUGGGCGAUGCAGGCUUGCUGGAGGAGCAGUUCCUGUUGUCCAUGAGUCCUGAUCAAAUGGUGCACCUCGACUUUUUCGAAGGCACGGACUUGAAACCUUACGCUACUAAGACGUUGUCCACUCUGGCGCUGCGCUGGUCCAAAGCUCAGCAGAUUCUGGACGGGAGACACAAUGCUAGCGCCAAGUUCACGUUUUACUUGUACCAAAACUCAGUUGUCGAGCCCGAUCAGCCUUUCUGGCCUCAACUUGCUGAUGCGCUGCCUCCAUUCUUAUUGCAGAAGUUGUCAGAGCUCCACCUCUCAGCAUUGUUAUGGCGUAGUGGGGCACGCGAGCACACUUCUUUCUUGCACUUUGAUGCGCUUGACAACAUGUACGUCGUUCUGAAAGGUAUGAAGCGCCUCGUGCUUUUCCCACCCUGGGAUCUUCCGCACAUGAGUUGCGGACACGAUUUGCGCGAGAACUUCUUUGGUGAUGAGGACGACGACACAAGAACAGAACUCCGUUUCCCGGCACUGCCUGGUUGGAUGGAGAGAUGCGAGCAGUUUCGCCAGCACAGCAGCUCGCUGGAGGUACUUUUGCAGGCUGGUGACAUGCUUUGGAUCCCGAGGGGAUGGUUUCACACUGUGAUGAGCCUUCCUGGCUCAAUGGCAGUGUCCCUGUUUGGGAAUUAUUCGCAUCUCGGUCGAAUCUACAUGUCACACAUAAAGCAGCGAGCGAAGUCGACACCAGAGGACGAGGAUUGGGAUGACAAGAUCAUGCUUCAGAAGCUUGGAGCUGAGUUCCCGGAUUUGGCGGGUGAGAACGAUUUAUCCGACACGGACGAAGCAAACUUGCAGGUUUCGCGCGUCCUCGCAGAGAUAUUCCGGAAACGAAGAGAUGCGAGCGAUGAGACCUGCAAGCAAAAGGACCGCUUCCCAUGGACGUCGCCCAUGGAUCCACAACUCAGGGCAUCGCUUCAUGGAGAUAAAUUCAGGUCAGUGCAGAAUGCACUUUCUGUGAAUCGUAGCAUGGCAUGGGCAACAGCUGGGGAACAGCUUGCGCUCGCCUUGAUGUACCUAGGAAGUCUAAGCCAAGCUGAGCUUGUUCUCCGCUAA